AUGCUGCCACCGCGAAAUGUCAUCUGUCGAAUACCGAGCAAUGCCCGACUAGUUUCCCCGCAAACAAGAGGUCCCAAUGUUCAGCUUCGACCCUUCACACACCGCACACAACUCCUUGUCUCCCCGCCACCAGGCCGACCUCAACUACCAUUUUUGUCCCCAUUAGCACCAUCACGACCUCUCCCGCCACUGUCCAUUCACCUGCGCAAGCAUUUUGGUCGUCUUAUCUCCACUGAAAGUCGCGAAGGCUACAAGCGUCGCUUUGGCCGUAGCUUAAAGGUCGGCAUCUCAUUCGGCGCCAUCCUGAUCCUUUUCUCCGUUAUACAACUCGGUGUCUACCAAGAAGAUAUCGAGCACCAAUGGCCCACGCCUCCAGAAUGGUCUUGGAAAAGCCGUUGGUCUCUGCGGUCUGCCCAGGCGCUCCAGCAUCCUGAUUAUAUAGGUAAGCUGAUGACCAAUUGGCCUAUGGUAGCCGGAUACAUGGCGGAAUUACUGGAGCGGCUAGAGGAUGUUGAAGGUGAAGGUAGGGGGGUCGUUGAACAAUAUGAUGGUGGUCUUCUUGUCGAGGGUGUCGGACGCACGGGUCUUGAUAUCUCUGCCAAAAGUGAGCCAUGGCGACGAGGAUAUUUCCAGGCUCUUAUGGGUGCUGCUAAAGCGGCCGAAAAUCUUGAUGGAUGGGUGACAGAUCGAAAACGGAAGAUCUCUGCACCAGCAGAUUAUGUUGUUGGACCGUCCAACCCCAGACCCAAGCCUAUGCCUGCUGGCCAGAAGAAGGUGAUUCAUGAGGAGGACUGUGAGCUUGCGUCACCACCGCCCGAGACCUUUUACAUGAAGAUCCUUACGACAAACGGAUUUGAUACAAGGCAAAAACUUGAUGCUUCCCUGGCUUAUGCCGACUGGUUAGGCUUCAAGGGUUUGCAAGACACAGCCAGUGAUAUGUAUGUUUGGGCCAUGGAUAUUGCUGCGGGCGGAUUGGAAGGCGACGCCAGCAAGAUUGUGGAUCUCAAAACCGGUGUUCUGAGAAACAAUACAUCAGAUCUGCCAUCUGAGAACAUUCUUCGAGUGUCGACUGCGCUCGCCGUUCACAAUGCUCGCCAGGGCAACCUUUCUGCCGCGCUCUCCAUCUUCACAUCUAUCCUAAAAGCGCGCCGCAACCUUCCCCUCUCCACAGACCCUUCUCUUCAAUUUUCUCUCCCAGCCCCGCCUACUAAAUCCUCCACCGACCCUUUCUCCGCUCUCUUCAAAUCCCUCAAAACAGUUCUGAUCCCCGUCGAAUACCCUCCGCCCCUGCCAUCAGGCGAUCAACCACCUCAUCGAUCAGCCAGUUCCCCAUGUGAGGAAGCAGGUCUAAUGACGUAUAUCGGAGAAAUCAUUUAUGCUUCCUCGUCCCAUGAUCAGGGACUCGCAUGGACACGUGAUGCAGUUGAACUUGCCGAAUCGACCAUGCUAAGUCUCGGCUCCGACGAAAAGGCCGUACGUGGACAGUGUGCACAGUGCCUAAAGGUUGGGCUUGAGAACUGGAAGACCAUGGUUUCUACACUUGUCAAGCAUGCUCAGAAGGAAGAGAUGGAAAGUUUGGAGCAGGCUAAGAAGGCCUGGUAUGGUGGUGAACGUCGCGCUAAUAAGAAAGCCGAGGUUUCGAGGCGAUGGAAAGCUGAAGAGGCCAUCCUUGAGGAUCGCAUUCGCCGACUUUUCCCACUGCUUGUUGGAGAGUCUGAACUGGAUUCGUUAUCUCCAAACAGCUCUUUGUUUUUGUAA